AUGUCGGAAAAGCCAGACGACAAAAUGGUGAAGUUCCUAGCCCCCCCUCAGAGAAGUGGAAAUGGCCCCAGCUCUGGUUCAGAUUCYAUGAUGGGUGAUUCCCGGCCAGUGGAAGUGAGACGUCGACAUCACACCAUGGAGCGAGACCGAUGUAAUGCUGAACACCGUUUUUUACGUCGAAGUGUCAUCAGUGAUUCCAAUGCCACGGCACUCGCCCUUCCUUUACCCAGCAAAAUCCCCAUCCCAUUACCUCCACAAGUACAGCCGCAGGAAUUGGUCCCUCCGGAGCACAAGGCUGCUACUCCCUUACUGAAGGCUGAACCCAGAAGUGAUCAAAGUGAGAAGUCUGCUGAUAACAGUAGAGAAAAUCAACAGGGGAAAGAUAAUGAGAUURCCAAGGUAGACGCUUUGUCUUUGGGACAACAGUCUGCUGUUGUGCGAGACAUUAGAGAUGCAGAGAUGUUGAUCGAAGCUCGCACUGCGCCAUGUUUGGAGGCASAUUUGCCAAGUCACAGAGAAUCUGAGAGCGUCAUUGAGGUGAAGGUUUCUCCUGAGAAUGAGGGGGAGGAGGAGGAUAAGGACUCUGCCAGGGCACGAGCCGAGGCAGAGCAAAGAGAAGCUGAGAAAAGGGUCCAGGAUGACAUCGAGGAGGCAGAAACCAAAGCAGUGGGAACAUCACCGGACGGACGGUUCCUGAAGUUUGAUAUAGAAAUCGGACGUGGUUCUUUCAAGACGGUCUACAAAGGCUUGGACACUGAAACCACGGUGGAGGUGGCAUGGUGUGAGCUGCAGGACCGUAAGCUGUCGAAGACAGAGCGGCAGCGCUUUAAGGAGGAAGCGGGGAUGUUAAAGGGACUACAACAUCCCAACAUUGUUCGCUUUUAUGACUCCUGGGAGGGACCUUCCAAAGGAAAGAAGUGCAUUGUUCUCGUUACAGAACUGAUGACCUCUGGUACACUCAAAACAUAUCUGAAGCGGUUCAAGGUGAUGAAAAUCAAAGUGCUGCGCAGCUGGUGUCGACAGAUCCUCAAAGGACUCCACUUCCUUCACACUCGGGCCCCGCCGAUCAUCCACAGAGACCUCAAAUGUGACAACAUCUUCAUCACAGGCCCAACGGGAUCUGUUAAGAUCGGAGACCUGGGACUGGCCACCCUGAAGCGCGCGUCCUUCGCCAAGAGUGUUAUAGGUACCCCUGAGUUCAUGGCGCCUGAGAUGUAUGAGGAGAAGUACGACGAGUCAGUGGAUGUUUAUGCCUUUGGAAUGUGCAUGUUGGAGAUGGCCACCUCCGAGUACCCGUACUCAGAGUGCCAGAACGCUGCACAGAUCUACCGCAGAGUUACCAGCGGGGUGAAACCGGGCAGCUUCGACAAGGUGGCCAUUCCUGAGGUGAAGGAAAUCAUUGAGGGUUGCAUACGUCAGAACAAAGAUGAGAGGUACUCCAUCAAAGAUCUCCUAAACCAUGCCUUCUUCCAAGAGGAUACAGGCGUACGUGUGGAGUUGGCUGAAGAGGAUGAUGGGGAGAUGGAGGCAAUCAAGCUGUGGCUGAGAAUUGAGGAUAUAAAGAAGCUGAAGGGGAAGUACAAAGACAACGAAGCUAUAGAGUUUUCUUUUGACCUCAACAAAGAUGUCCCAGAAGAUGUGGCUCAGGAAAUGGUUGAAUCUGGUUAUGUUUGUGAAGGAGACCAUAAGACCAUUGCAAAGGCCAUAAAGGACAGGGUGUCUCUAAUCUCUCGCAAGAGGGCGCAGAGGCAGCAGGUCAGAGAAGAUCAAGAGAAGAAACGGCUUGAAGAGGAAGUGCAGAGUCACUCUUUGCCGCCACAACAGCAAGUAGGCCAGCAGUCGGGUCUGGAGGUGUCUCAGUCACAGCCGGUGCCACAGCCUGCAGCCUAUGUUGCGCCCCAGCCUACCCAGCACAGCACACAGAUUAGCGGCCAACCAGCAUCGCAGCAGAGUAUUCAGAGCUCGAACUACGGUACUGCUCAGUCGACGAAUGUCACCGGGAUGUCCCAGGGGGUUCCCCAGCCAGUUUAUAUUCCCCAGUCGAGUGGACAAGUCCAAGUUCCCAUUCAGGGACAGAGUGUUAGUGGCAUCCAGCCAGAGUCUGAAGAGUCUGAGUCGGACCAACAUCUACAACAGACUGCAGGAGCUCGGGACCUGGCGGACAGAUUACCUGGUUCCUCCGCCCUUCCUGAGGCCCUGCCUCCUCAGCCUAAAGUACCCUACACUUCUCCAAAUCAGCAUCUUCAGCCGCAGGCGUCAUGUUCACAGAUGCAAAAUGAAUCGAUGUCAACGGUGCAAGCCGGUCAGCCUGAAGUGGUUCCUAGUGCGCCCACCAACUCGUUGGCUUCAGUGACGCCUCCACAGUACGGAGUUUACUACCAACCAUCGCCUCCCCCUCAGCCACAGUUGGAGAGCAGCAGCACAGUGGCCCAAACUCCGAGUGGAGCUCAGCAGCCGCAGCCUUGGGGGAAUGAUCCAAGUCCUCCUAUCAUGUCUCCACCAAUCAACGCAGAGCACCUAUACUUCCUCUAUCAGGCUUCAUGCCUCUCUGUUUUGCAGGGUUCUGUGAGUCUUCCUCUCUCAGCACCAGUAGAACAACCUGCGAAUUCUUCUGCUUUAGUGCCGCCAUCUGGUGACAGCUGCCUGUCAGAUGCAGCUUCAGGUCUAAGUGACGGUAACGAUGGCGGUUCUACGUCUGGGGGUCGCCACGAGGGCCGCACCAUGAAGCGUCACCAGCGGCGAUCCGUCCGCAGCCGCUCUCGCCAUGAGAAGACCGGAAAGGCCAAGCUAAAUGUUCUCAGUAUUUCUAAUGUGGGAGAUCGAGUCGCAGAGUGCCAACUGGAAACUCACAACAGGAAGAUGGUGACCUUCAGAUUUGAUCUAGAUGGGGAUAACCCUGAGGAAAUCGCACACAUAAUGGUUGAAAGCGAGUUCAUCUUGGAGAAUGAGCGCGAGUCGUUCAUCGAGCAGGUCCGGGAGGUCAUAGAAAUGGCCGACGAGAAGGGAGAGAGCAUUAAAGAUGGCUUCCCACAGAUGAGCCAUCAACAAAAACCUGAGCUGACUGUUCCCAUGGUACCAGGCAUCUCCCCCAGCACCACUACUCAGGUGGUUCAUUCAACAGGACGGAGGUUCAUAGUGAGCCCGGUCCCAGAGUCGCGUCUGAAAGAUCAGUUCUUUGGAGCUUCGUCUGCUAAUACAUCCGUCGGAGACGACCUUUGCUCUGCUCCUUUGGGCCUCUCGCUGUCUGCUCCGUCUGGGGUUCUUCAGAACGCGUUCAGUCAACUCAGACAGGCUCGAUUGGACAGAAGCAGCACCCUCGACUCGGCUCCGACCGAUAAAGAGUCGGCCCCUGCUCUGUCCUCCGAUGUCUCUAACAAAACCCAGUCCCCUGCUGAAGSUGCGGCUCCCGCCGCCACCGUUCCCGUCACGUCAGCGUCUUCACCUCCUCACUCAACAGGAAGAGUGUCGCCGUUACCAACACCCGCUCCAUCCCAGACUGUGAACAACGACUCGAGUCCAUCGCCGCAGUCUUCCCAUGAGACGGCUCACCCACAGCAUCCGCCAUCGACCAGCAUCCCGACUUCGUCCUCGACGGUUUCUCCUCCAUCCACCCAGACGUCCAUACCUGCGGUACCCGGGUCACAGCCAGGCAAUAUGGCUGCCRGCGGAGCGUCCGCCCCCGUUUCAGAGCGGCAGACCUUUAAUAGUGCUGUUACAUCCAUCCAUUCUCAGCACCCGCCUGCCACGACGGUACCCAGCCAGAGCCAGGCCCAGCCACACCCAACGGAGCCUGAGGGAGCCGAGGUGCAGUCUAAGACGGCCGGCAGGGAUGACAUCCUAACCCUCGAUAUGAAGCUCCGUUCGCUCUUCAAGGACCAGCUCUCCGCCUCCUCGGUGUCGGUGGAUCACGGUUCAGGCACAGGGACUUCCUCUCCUCCCACCGGAACUUCCUCUCCUCCUCCUGGAGCCGCCCUSGUUCCUCCGUCGAACCUUCCCCUCGCUUCAGGCGCACAAAGUGUUCAGGGCUCGACCACACCAGGAGGGUCGGSUCAGCCCCCUCCAUCGAAGCUCCGGGCUCAGACUUUACCUACUGAUCUUGAGAAAGCUGCUACACCUCCAUCUGAACCUGUACACCCGUUUCCUGGACCAAACCAGUCACUGCAGGGGAGUUUAGAUACUCAGAUAGUGAGAGCUCCAAGUCCUGAAACCGCUCAGGGAGGCGACGACGUCCAGCCUCCGGAGGCCGGUUUCACUCUGGGACGCUUUAAAGUCUCUGUCGCAGCCGACAGUGCUCCCGAUCCGUCCACCAUUGUGUCUUCUUCGUCCCUCACACCAUCCUCUACUUCCUCGUCGUCCUCAUCCUCGUCGUCCUCGGCGCCUUCAAGCCCAGACAACACACUCCACCAGUCGUCCCCUCUGCCGAAAGGCCCCAGUGAGGCCGAYGGAGCCUCAGAGAUCUCUAAUGACUCUGCCAUUCAGAGCACCAACGUCGGACGCUUCCAGGUGACCAAAAGCAGCGAAGCCUCGUCCGAAACGAGUGCCGCCUCGAAAGUGGGACGAUUUUUAGUCACAGUGACGCCAGCUCCAGUAGCAAACUCCAGCUCACAACAUGGCAGCGGUUUGCCGAACGGACCGUCUUCAUCGACCUCUGACCCUCCAAACCCACAGCUCCAUGAAACCAGUGASGGGGACUCUGAAACGGAGGACGAAGCCCUUCAGAAAGAAAUCAGUCGCCUCAGAGAAAAACACAUGAAGGAGAUUCAGCUCCUCCAAAGUCGUCAGAAAGAGGAAAUAGAGGCRCUGUACUCCAAAAUGGGGAAAGCUCCGCCUCCGUCUGUCGUCUCCCCUGCUGUGGCUCUGGGCGGAGGACGACGAAGACGCAAAAGCCACAGAUCUCGCAGCAGCGGACAGCCCAGCCCCAGUCAUUCAGGUCAGAGUCACGGGUCAGAGUCGCCUCUGAAGCAGAGUUUACCGUCUGCAACCGGAGCUGCAGACGGAGCCGCUAGCUCAUCUGUACAACCACUCACAUCGUCUCCAUCGCUGCCGAGCCUCAGUAGUUCUUCCACUGGAUCAAGUGGAACCAGCUCCUCCAAUGGGUCGAGCCUCGGCCAGAACAACUCCAACUCUCUGUCCCAAAUGGGUGGAGCGGCUCCGUCCGCAUCGCAGACCCAGAAGACCAAGAGCACCUUUUCUGAUGACAUGCACCAGCUGGUGGAUAACUUUGCCAGAGACGCCAAGAAAGGGCCCAAGACCGGAUCCUCGGCAACUCUGGGGCUGGAUAUCAUCCCUCCAGCGAAUAUGGGSCGUAAAUUUUCGGCRCCGGGACAGCUGGGUCCGACCCAUCACGCAACCUCCAACUGCACAACCACCACCAGCACCCACCUGCCCAACCCGGCCAAUCCCGCAGCUCCUCUGGUGCCGAGGAAAGGCUCCCUGGGGCCAGUCACCCAGGGUUUCGGCUAUGCUCCACCCUCCUUCAGUGCUUCUGCGUGGGCCGGACCCACAGGCAGCUGCCAGGUCGGCAUGCACACCCCCUCUCAGCCACUAAAGCAGUACCAGCCCCCCACCACUGGCUCGGUGUCCAUGCACCAGGGCUACCACUURGGAACAGGUCAGACCAGCCAGGCCACGGUCAGCCACGGAGGGACCAGUCCAAGGCCUACGUAGCCCAGUGCGGGCCCUGCGCCAGGCUGAGACAAAGGGCCAAACAGAGCAGAGAGGUCAGAGGUCAGAGGUCAGGCAGUCGUUGACCCAAGAACCACAGCCUCUCUUUGCAUUUUGCUGGUUAGCUGGCUUUGUAUUGUUUUUUUUGUUUUUUAAUUUCAUCUUUUUAACAUUGUGUAUUAUUUCUGUUGAAGAGUUGACCGGUGUGGUUCGAGUCCUCUCAGGUAGAUUUCAGUCUGUCUGACAACUGGUGGGAGAGUGCAAUACACCUCCACAGCACAAAGCGCGUCUCUCUUAGCCUGCCGUUAGCUGUGGAAGCAAGCUGUGAUGAGUCAGGCGGCGGUAUCCGCAGAAGCACCGCACACCGAAGGCGUAACCAAAAGCAGCCACAGGUGUCUUGAAAGCAAGAUGCUGCAACAUCGUCAUUCCUUUAGGAGGGACUGGGAUGCUCAUCCUUAUUGAUCUGGACUUUAGAACGAGCUGGGACUGAAGAACGGUGGAGCCGGUCCACAAGGUAGUGGGGAGUAAAGUCGUUUGGCAAGUGGGGAGGAGAGUGUGAGUGUACAGAAAGUGUGAAAUGAGAAGUGGAGUGACUCUGUAGGGUUAGAGGAAGGACUUGGUAAGUCAGGGAAGAGAAGUGACAGGGCUGCAGUACGGAUAGAUCCCAGAGACUACUGAGUAAAAUGCAAUAAUGGUGAAGUAGAUACAGUCCCUUAUAACCGUGGCCUUAAUCCCCAAACACAUCGAAACAUUGACCUUGUACAUAGAGAUCAGUCCAUAGGGUUAUGAUUCUAUAUUUGACAUAUUCCUGUCUGUCUUUGUGGUUUGAGUUUUCGAUCAUCCAGAUUCACCUGUGAGAACAUCGUCCUGGCGUUGAUCACCAGUAGUUUAACUGACAAGGCGGCGGCYGCAGGAGUUAACCCCACCCAAACAUCAAAUCCCUUCUUUGACUUCAGCCGAGUUAUGAAUUGCUGAUAACACGCAUAUCAUAUCCAAAUGAAUAUUAUCGGGAUAGUAUUUAAAGAAGUUUUCUGUUGUGUGGACAGGCGGCGCAAAGUACACAAAUACAUGGGUUUACCGCAAAGUCGUGUCCCACAAGAUAUUUGUACCCAUAACAUUUAACUGUGACCUCUCACAUCCCAAAGUGUCUGGGUUUUUUGUUUUUUUUCUCUGUGAUCUGUUUUUGUAAGCGUAUAUUUAAUACAACAAACGUUCUUUAUGGACCUGUAUUCAGCCAUCAGAUUUUGAUGUUGUUUCACUGUAAUUAUUAUUAAAAGGUUGUUAAACAACAUGUAAAGAAAUAUUAAAAAGUGCAAUUGCAGGGUGGUUGCAGUUAAUAUCGUUCUCACCGCGCAGGAGUGAACCUGCUGUUUUAUUAAGCUCUUCUAAGACUGCCCUGCACCCAUUUUCUAUUUUUUGUUGUCGUUCUUGUAAAUAUGCUAAAGUGAGGCUUUCACAUAAUACUCCGUCAUCACCACUCUUAAUGCACAUGCACUCUAAGCCGUAAACACGAGGAACACUUUAGUGCCUUGCAUCCUCACUAAUGAUCGGUUCCAGAUUCAUCCAGCCCCCUGCAGCUUAAACCAGUACGAAAAGUUAAGCCACUCGACACGGUCGGUUCAGAGCAUGCAA